AAAGCCUGUAAUGUGAAAAGGUGGUAGAAGAAGAGGAAACGAUAUGGCAGAGACUAAAGAAACCAUAGUUGUUAAUGGAUCCAUGGAGCAGAAGACAACAGUGAGACGCAUGCAGUCAGCAGGAACAUUCGCCAGUUCAUGUAUGUCGAAACCUGGAGACGCACCUCAAUUUGAUCCGUACAAAACUCUGGAAAGGUCCCAGUCGGAAGCAGCUCUGCUAAAGAACAGACACAAGGAUGUAACAGAGGAGGAAGGAUUCGGGGAGACAUACUCAGAGCAAGAGAUGGGAGCUGAAGGGUUGGACCUAGGGGCUCAUAAUGUGUCUGAAUGUUCGAAGGUGUACCUUGAUUUGUCCACAGCUGAAGCUUAUGAAAAUGCCAAUGAACAUAUUCUUUAUCCUACUUCACUUUUUCGUACUGGCUCAGGACGUCUGCUAGAGACAAUUCCCCAGGAUGAGGAAUUGCAGACAGACGAUGUUCGAUUUAGUCUAAUGGGAGAAAGGUCUGUCUCUACUGAAAGUAAUUCCAGCGCAAGUAGUUUGGAAGAAAGGACCUCUAAGUCGCAUAUUAAAUCGCUGACAAUCAAAGAGGAAUCUAGUCGAUGUGUCGUUUCUAGUUCUUACUCUAAAGUGGGCAAAAGGUCACCUGAUUACACCACUAAAGCCAAAACUAACAUGAAGUCUACCUUUCAGGCCUUCUCUUUGAAUAUAAAACAGAAGAUCAAGCAACUUCAGAUGGGAUCCAUUCAGGAGCAGAUACAGUCGAUGAGGGAGAUAAGUGUCAUUAUAGAUCAGGCUUGGGCCAUUCCAAGCUUUGGGCGUGAUCUAGCCUAUGGCUUAUGUGACAUUCUGAAGAAUGAAAAAGCACUUGAUAUCAUUGUUAAAAACUGUGCAUCACAAUCCAGUGAUUUGAUGAGAGCCUCUGCUAAAUUGCUGGACAAGGUUCUGACCACUGGGAACAGAAAGCGGGUAGCAGAGAUUGGUCUAGAAAUUGUGGUGAAAAUGGCCAUUUCAUCUAAAGGAGAGACUGAAAUGGCUAGAGUUGUCACAGGUAUAUUAGAAAGUCUCUUCAAGAUAUCUGAGGAUGUCUGCGCAAAGCUGAUAUCCCUGGGAGGACUAGAUGUCAUAGUGUACUGGUGUAGAUGCAACGACCGAUCAACGCUUCGACACUGCUCUAUGGCAGUAGCCAACAUGGCAUUGUAUGGGGGCAAAGAGAACCAGGAAGAGAUGACCAAGCAUAAAGUCCCAGAGUGGCUCUUCCCUUUAGCCUUCAAUGAUGAUGACGGUGUCAGGUACUAUGCGUGCCUGGCCAUCUCCAUUUUGGUGGCCAACAAAGAGAUUGAGACAGUGGUGAAGAACUCAGGUACGCUAGAGGUGGUGCUGCCCUUUCUUACCAGUCACACCCCAAGCCAGUUUGCUCGCAUGGAACUGUCCCACCAGCAGGGCCGCUCCAAGGACUGGCUGAAGCGACUUGUGUCCCUGCUUUCCAGCAAGAGAGAGGAGGCACAGGCCUUGGCUGCAUUCCACUUUGCCAUGGAGGCUGGAAUCAAGAUGGAGCAAGGCAAAAAGGAUGUAUUCUAUGAAAUUGGAGCCAUCGAACCAUUGAAGCGCCUUGCAAGCAAUCCCAACCCUACAACCUCCAAGCUAGCUUCUGAGGCUCUGAAGACAAUUGGUGAGGAGCUUCCUCACAAGCUGUCCCAGCAGGUGCCUAUCUGGACUGUAGAAGAUGUAGUCUUUUGGGUAAACAGAACGGGAUAUGAGGAAUUUGCCGAGUGCUUCUCCAAGUGUAAGGUGGAUGGGGAUCUAUUACUCACCUUGAAUGAAGAUGACCUUGCCUGCAGUGUUGGAAUGAAAUGCAAGAUCACUCAGAAAAGAUUUCAAAGGGAUGUCAAAGACUUGAAGAUUAAGGCUGACUACACAUCAUGUGAUCCAACUGGGCUCAGUGAUUGGCUGCAGGAAAUUGCUUCUGAGCAUAGACAAUAUACCUACUGCCUUGUUAAAAAUGACAUUGACAGAAACUUCCUGAUGCUGAUGACUGACCAAGAUCUAAAGGAUUGUGGCAUAGUCAAUAGCAUACACAGAAAGAAAAUCUGCCAAAAGAUUUCAGAAGACUCCCCAUACAAUGUACAACUAACUGAACAAGACACUAGAUCCUCUGAGAGUAGCAACGAGAGUGUGGAGUCUAUGGACGGGUCGAGUGCUGCUGUCACACGACCUAUUGAUGUCUUCAUCAGCUACCGCCGAGUUAAUGGCUCUCAACUGGCCAGUUUGCUGAAGGUUCACCUCCAGUUACGCGGGUUCUCAGUCUUCCUGGAUAUUGAGAAACUGAAGGCGGGAAAGUUUGACGAGAAUCUCCUCAGUAGUGUAAAGCUGGCCAAGAACUUCAUCCUGGUCCUGACCCCUAAUGCCUUGGAUCGGUGUAUGGGGGACGAUGAACAAAAUGACUGGGUGCACAAGGAGAUAGUUGCUGCCAUGGAAUGCGGCUGUAACAUUAUUCCACUCCUCGACAAUUUCCACUGGCCACAGUCUGAAAAACUUCCUGAAGACAUGAGACAAAUCACAUUCUUUAACGGAAUUAGAUGGAUCCAUGAUUACCAAGAUGCAUGUGUCGACAAACUAGAAAAGUUUCUACGUGGAGAAAUUAACGCCAAACACAAAAGAGCAGCCCUCUUCCAGAUGGGUUCCUCAUCGGAGGGUCUGGUAGAAGGUGGAAAGUACACAUCCAGUGGAGAGAGUAGUCCCAGCGUGGAUGUAUCGCCCAAUCGCGAUGUCUCUUACAGUAGUUGAUGGCUUUGUGGCGACCUGUUGCCGAUAUGGGCACACCGAUACACUGUUUCUUCACCAAACAUUUACAGUGUGCAUGUAGCAUGUGUCUACCAAUAUCACUAAUCUUUAACAAGGCUUGACAAGAAUGAUUUUUUUCCUUUCGCUCACUGAAUGAAAAUCAACUCCAUGUACUAAAAAAAACAACUCCAAACAAAGAAAAUUGGAACAUAAUAAUGAUUGAUUGAUAUGGAAAUUUUGUACAUCAGGGCAUAUAUACCGAUGCAUUUUUAUACAGUCCAUCUUGUUUGUAAAAAAAUUUCCACAAUUUUGACCGAAAAUACUCCCUCUCAUAUGUACCAGUAAUGUACAGACAUGCAGUGUGCUGUAGAAGUUAUUGACAAUCAGAGCUGCAAUGUAUAGAUUCCAAUAUUACAUGCAGUUCUUUGCUUCAACUUAACGAGUUUAUCGUAAAAACAUUCAUUUAAAAUAAUCUAAAACACAUUUUACACAAUUCUGUCUGAUUCACCCAAUGUUUACAUGUUUACAUUGUAGUAUUUUGCAUUAAGUGACCCACUUAUUGUACAUGCACAUGUGAUUGCAUUUUACGUGUAGAACAGAAACAAACUGCUUCUUGAAUAUGAUAUGUUACUCACUCUGCAUAAAAGUUCACAGUAAAUUCACAUGUAUCAUGUCGCAGGAUGAAAUAUUCAUACUUUUGUUCAGAUAAUGUUGCUGAAUACAAUAUACAUGAUGAGUUAUGAGAAACAUUCUUUACAUAUACUUAUUACUUAUACAUAUAAGUCCAGGAAAUUGUCUAGAUGAAACUGCAAAAGGGUUGCAAUCCAGAAAAAUUGGCACCCACGAAAUGUGUAAUGAAUACACAGAAAUCAGCACAACUGUGUCAUGGGGAAAAUAUUUCAAUGUUCACUUUUUUCUUGAAAAUUUUUAUUUUUUUGUUGUGUAUCAUGCAUAAUACUGAUAGUUUCACCAAAGAUUUUCAGUCCAUGCAAAUUAAUUGUUAGGGUCUUCCGUCUUCAACGGAAGGAAAGAUAAAAAAUCUGUUUUUUCAACUCUUUGCUUUUUAUAUAUUUUUCUAAUUGGUUGAUAGAGACUCUUUUACUGAUUCAGAAUAUGUAAUUUGUUUUGAAAUCAAUUGAUGUGUUCCCGAGAUAUUAAGCAUCAAAGACCUAAAGCGAGAGUCCGAGUAGAUCAGUUGUUAGAGUCGUGGACAUGUGCCCAGGCCACCAAGGUUCAAGCUUCGGGUGCCGACAUUUUGUUCCCUAAUUUUUUGAGUUGAUUAUCAAUUUGGUCUUAAAAGUGAAGGAUUUUAUCUCAUUUACUCAAAAAUCGGACGGAAGACCCACUCGUUGCUUGCAACGAGAACGAUCUAGUUCUUUAUAUUAUUGUUACACUGCUCCAUAGGCUCAGCCAGUUAAAAUAGGGGAGAUCACUGAUGAAUCAGUAUAAUGAGGCUAUUAAUACUUACAAUUUUUAUAUGUGUUAGCAUUUACUGAAAAUAGGGAAAAAUAAUAGGUGUAGCUUUCUUACAAUAAAUAGGUCUAAAAAGGAAUUUUAGAUGAAUCCUUGGUCAAUCCUAUUACAAUCAGAUCCUUGAUCUGCUCCUUAUUUUUUAUUGGUGCUUCACAAAAAUCACCUUGUGUAGCGACAAUAAAAAAUAAUAGAAUUUUUGUUAAGUUUUUUUUUUUUAGUUUUGAUAAUCACUAUCGAUUGUUGAAGCAUUUUAUUGAAACAAACUAUACUGUGAUACAUGAGCUGUAUGUGUUUUUAAUGUGAUACAAUUGAUUAUACAAUCUCAAGUUUUAUUUCUGUGUGUUCUUGAAUGUGUAGUUAAACACAAUCUGAAGUUUUGUGGAAAGGUCUGUAGAUUUCAUGCUUUCUUCAAUUCAUCUUUAAAACCUACAUGCGCAUGUAAAAUGUAUGAUUUUAUGAAACACAGACACAUAAACUUGCCUGUAUCAGAAAGGUGGAAAGUUUGAUAGAAUGGAAUUAAAGCUACUAAAUGAAUAAUAUUUCAGUGACUGUGUAUAUAACAUGUACCAAUAAACAUGUCCCAAAAUUUUGUAAAUGCAAAGAAAAAUUAUACAAAAUUACACCAGGUACUGACACUAACCUUUGUCAUUAUACCCUUUGUUUUUGUAUAAAGUGUGCAAUAUAAAAUGUGAAUAUGUCCUCAGAAUAAAUUUGAUUGAAUCUCCAAGUAAUCUGAGCUGUUGUAAUAGACAUUGAUUUCUUUUCUAAUUUUAAUUUUUUUUUUUACUUCUGAAGAAAGACAAAAAUUAUUUAUUUAUUUAUCCUUGAGUUUGAAUGAGAUUUUUGUAUUUUGUUUCAAAUUUUGUGAAUCAGGUUGAAUUUGAGUAAGAGAUGGAAAGAUGUCAGAUUGAUUUUCCAACUCUGCAAUAUACAAUUGCAAGUAACUCUUUUGAUUGACAAAAGCAUUACAUUGUAAUGUAUUGAAAUAGCCUCAGCAUAUUAUGUUUAUUUUAUGUUUUCUGAUUUUGUUUUGUUUUAUGAAAGAAUUAUGUUGACCAUUAUGAAGAUUAUGUUCAGGUAUAUCUCAAGAUUCCUUGCAAAAUGGUUACUGGUAUAUUUUACUUUUAAUCAAUUUUUUUUUUAUUUGAGAUUAUUUUUUUUUUAUUUAUAUCAUAGCAUUGACGUGUUUCAUCAUACAUUACUUGAUAUUAUUUUUGGCAGUAGAAAAUUAGAUAUUAAUUCAAUUUUUUGUUAAUUGAUUUUACUUAAAAGAACUGUGUUCGUUUUUUUUUGGUUUUGUAAAUGCAGAAUUUUUUUAUUGUUUUGUUGUUCAUAUGAAUGCACUUAAUUUUUCACAGUUUUCGAGAAAUUUUCCGCAUGCAUUUAUGUGAACCACUUACAUAUUUAAGUGCCGUAAUUUGAAACAAAUCUACAUUUUA